CGCUCACGCGCGAGGGGAUGCGCUUGCGUCUCGACGGAUUAUCAAAGGCGCAGGCGCAAGAAUGUCUUCUUUUCCUCCUCAGCGGGCGGAAGUGUAGCCCAACGUGAAGAGGAAGAAGAGGGAAAGGGGGAGGGUCGUAAGAGGCGCCUGUUCCGGUCGUGAGGGGGGUUUCCUGGUCGCAGCAGGCAGCGCUAGUGAGUAACGCGGAUACAAACAUACUUUCCACAAUGUUUGGUGGAUAUUAUGAUAUAGAAGCAUUUGAAGAUGAUAUUUACUGUGAAGAUUCCUCGAGUGAAACAAGUGUUGAUAGUGAGGUGGAAUUUCAUCUUUACAGUCAAGUCCAUUAUGCGCAAGCCCUUGAGGAUGUCAGUGAACAAGAAGAAACUGAACAAGUUGAAUUUUUGCAGAAGCAGAGUUCAAUCAGUAAACAGGAUCAGAAAAAUAAUUUUGUUGUAAUUUCCGAUAGUGAUGAUGUUCACAUUACAGAUAGUCCAGAUAUCAUCACUUUGUCUGAUACCCCUGAUGAAGACAGCAUUUACAAAAGCAAACUCCAGAAGGUAUCAGUUCCAAAGUCCCCAACACUAGGAAGGAAGUACAGUCUUGCUGAUUCUGUCUCAUCAGAACCUACAAGAGAUUCUGCUUGGAUUACCCUGAAUUCAAAGGGACUGGCUCCAGAAACUUCAAGGAAAGAAAAAAGGACAAAUCAGAAGUCUGCCUCCUUCCAUCAUGAUGAUAUUCGUAUGAUUCACAAGAUUCUAGUAAUAGAGGACAGCUCUACUGAGGAGGAUGCAGAUGAUGCGGCAAGCACAGCUUCUGAAAGUGAUAAUGUGGAGAGUUGGAUGCUCUUGGGUGGUGCUAGAGAUGACAAAGAUGAUAGUAUCUUGUUAAACCUUGAGGGCUGUGAAACUUCAGUCAGUGAAGGUGAAGGUGGAGUAGGCUGGACUGUCAGUGAUAAAGAUGUAGAGGCACAGAUCGGUAACUAUGUUACUGUGAGGCGUAACAACAGAUACUACAUGCCAGACAAAAAUGUCACUUGCAGAAAUUGUGAUAAACGAGGUCAUUUGUCAAAAAAUUGUCCUGCCCCAAAGAAAAUUCCACCCUGUUGUCUGUGUGCACAGAGGGGUCACCUGCAAAACAACUGCCCUGCCCGAUUUUGUUUAAAUUGUUGUUUGCCUGGACACUGCUCUAGAGAGUGCCUUGAGAGAACUUACUGGAAUAAACAUUGUAACCGCUGUUAUAUGAGAGGCCAUUAUGCAGAUGCUUGCCCAGAAAUAUGGAGGCAGUAUCACCUAACAACUAGACCUGGACCACUCAAGAAAACCAGUUCUUAUUCUGAGCAUUCUGCCUUAGUAUACUGUUACAACUGUGCACAGAAGGGCCAUUAUGGAUAUGAAUGUUCAGAGAAACGGAUGUUUAGAGGGACGUUUCCUACCUUUCCCUUCAUCUACUACUAUGAUGAUAAAUAUGAUACUAAGAGGAGCACUCAGAGAGCAAAGAAAAAAGCACAAGAACUUUGGGAAGCUGGCCUUCUGCCAAUGGCCCUAAAGAGGUCAUACAUGAAUGAUGACCAGGAAACGCAUGGCCAUAAGAAAAAGAGGAAAACGUUUAAAGAAUGUGACAAGAGAGGGGAUAAGCAUAAUAAAAGACUCAGAAAAAAGUCCAAGGGAGACAAAUUUAAAGGAAAGAAGCACAAGGAAGAGUUCCAGGACAACUGCAACACAGAGGAGAAUUUUCCCAGAGGUGGUCAGUUGAAUGCUCUUAAAAGGAGCAAAAAAGCCAACACACACCAUGAUUUUGGCCUCGCAACAAACAGGGGCAAACCAGAAAUCCUUCAGCCUUCUCUGGAGGCAAAGAAAAAGCGAAAGAAAAAACAGAGGAACAACAUAACCUGUAGUCCCACCAGGGAUGAAAGUUUAUUUCUUAUAAAACAAAGGAAAAAGAAAUCAAAACAGAAGCCCAGUUGCUGACCUGGCAGCAAGAAGAUAGCUUGGAAUUGGGGAUCAGCUUGAGACAGGGCUUUAACCUCCACCCCCAGUUGUGAUGUGGGACACAAAACCAUCUAAAUACAUGUUGGGGUAUCAAAAAGCAGAGAGCCUUUCUCUGCCAUUCCAUAAAGAAGGUAGCUUGAUCUGUGUCACCAAGAGACUAUUGUACACCCAAGUACUUAAGUAUUGAUUUUCUUCUUCUUCACUUCUUCAGUUUCUGUUAGGGAUGUGCACGAACCGAGGUCUGUGGGUCUGCCAAACUGGUUCAGCAGGUUGAGUGUGGCGCCUGGGGUCGUGUGAGCAGCACCUUUAAAAGUGUGAGCAGCCGACCACCACUCCAUGCCGCUUCCUGCUGCAGUGGUGCUCCCCCUAGCAGCCCACUUGCGGCCCCACAAGCAGCAUGCUGCUGAGAGGAGCACCGCCACAGCAGGAAGCUGCACAGAAUGGCAGUCAAGAGGUAAGGAUCUUCUGUAAGGUAAGGACCUUAAAGGGGCCACUCACCGCCACCCCCAGCACCGCACUCAACCCACCAAACCUGUUUGAUGGACCCGUGAACCAGUUCGGCUUCGAACCAGUGCAUGAACCUCAGUUUGUGCACAUCUCUAGUUUCUGUAUUUGGACUGGACAUGUUUCAGGAUUUUGAGGGUGACAAAGUGAAACAAAAGGAAGAUUUGGUGUUCAGUCUUUUUAUCAAUCCUGGUGCUUAAAGCAUUUCUCGAAGCUCAGCACAUGUGAUCACCUUGUAUCCUAGCCUUAAAGAAGGAUUUUCUAAACUAGGUGAAUUUUGCAGAAGGCAUAGAUACUAAAACAAAUGGACUUGGAGACAUUUCACAUGCUUGACAGAUGUGUGGAGGCAGAGGAAGCAGGAGUGAUCAGUGCAACCUAGUCACAUACAGGGACAGAAUACACAUUCCCCACCCCGUGCCUGCAUGAGACCCAUUAGCAAGAGUAAUUUCACACUUCCUCUAUCACUGCUUCUGUUGAACGUAUGAAACAAUUCUGGGAAUCAGGGAGACUGUGAGAGCAUUUCCCUCUACUGCCCUAAUUUAUUUUCUUGUCAAUCUGUCAUGACAUUGCCAUCUAGCAUUCAUGUCAUCCUUCUGUUUUAUAGAAUAUUAAGGUUUCUUCAUUUUGUCAUAAUCACACCACCACAAGUUUGAUUGGCACGUCUUGUUCGAGAAUAAGUAAUUUUAAGUAGGAAGGCUUCAGUCCUGAAAUCAGUCUCUCAGGUACUCUCCCAGUGAAUUUCGGGGGGUUAACAAGUAAGUGGUUUCAGGGUUGUCUCCUAAUCUACUUCACAUGCCAACAAGCAUAGAAAUUAAAUUAUAUAAAAAAUAACUGGUGGAUUUAAAUGUUCAAAUAUUUGUACAAGUAGAAUAUAAUCGUGUGAGAAAUUUACAUGCUGUCAGAAAUAAAUUGUUUUAUAACUCCGUUUCUUUAAAAA